AUGCUAUCCUGCGCGGUGAUUGGGUGCGGUGCUGCCGGGAUGGCGGCUUGCACGGCCUUACGUCGGAGUGGUUUGCUAGUGACAUGCUUUGAGCUGGCGGCAGACCCUGGUGGCAUAUGGAACAGCGACCCACGCAGCCCUUUUUCCUCGCGGGGACUUGUGUCACCUGUACACCCAACGAUGCGAUGUGUACUACCAAAAGACCUGAUAAGUUUUGGCGAUUUGCGUUUUGAUUACACUGUGCCGCAGUUCCCACAUCACUCUUCUGUUUGUCGCUACUUGGAGCAGUAUGCGGAGAAGAUGGGCAUCCGAGGGCUUGUGCGCUUCAACACGAAGGUGCAGUCCGUCCGUUACGAAGAACGGGAUGCCCUGUGGCGCAUUAUUACAGUUAACGUUGUGAAUGGUGACGUUUUUGAAUGGUCAUUUGAUAAGGUGUGUGUGUGCACCGGUCAAACACAGGAGCCACGAUACCCGGACGGAAUAAAGGAAUUGCUAGAGCCCUACCUGAGGGAGGGUGGUGAGCUGCAUCACGCCUCGCAUGUAAAGGAUUUUCGCCAGUUUAAAGGAAAACGUGUUGUUAUUGUGGGCGACGGCGUCACGGCAUGUGACUACUGCUGGGAGCUGUUACGUAGUGGCUCUGAUGUGUACCAGAGCAGUUGCCAAUCUCUUUACAUGCCGCAGCAACGCCAACAACAACAACAACUCGAGAACGGUGCGAACUGGUCUUCUUUGAAGAUGCAUGAAGGUGGGGCUAUGCGUGAUGCGGCAAGCGCCGCUCUGCACCUGCUUUCCUGCUCACCUGGCUGGCGUAAGGAUAUUACAAAAGGCAACCGCAUUGUUUCAAACUGGAUUAAAUUUAGGAAUAUUGCUUGCUGGGGAGGGAUGCCAGGCGUUGGACACCCUCUUCGCAGUGAGGGACGCGGCAUAUUAUUCGCAGAGCAGCCGAAGCGGAUAGUGGAUAUAAUUGCCGAGGCAAAAACACGCUCUAUGGCGCGCGAUCGGCAGGGAGGGAUCCAAAGUUCAGACGAUACCCCGGGUGAAAUCUUUGUUGAUAACAUCGAUGCGAUCAUUUGUGCCACCGGAUAUCACACACGCUACCCGUUUCUGCAUCGUGACAUGCGAAAUGUGGUGGAGGGAUCAUCGCUGCUGCAAAUUUCCAAAGGUGAAGGGGGGCAAUCACCGCCGUCGCAUGGAGAUAGUACCGGCAAAGAAAUGCACCAUCAUCGUGGACUUUAUCUGGGCACACUGUACGUUCACCGUCCUUCCAUUGCAUUUGUGGGGAUACAAAAGGAACUGUUGCCGCCUUUUAUGCUUUUCGAAGCGCAGGCGAAGUUUAUAUCUUAUGCCUUUACGCAUCGGGUGAAGCUUCCUGUUGGCGUGGAGGGUCUACUUUCGCGGCAGUCCGAGUUGAUGAAGCGUUACCCACUGCUUGAGAAUUUGUAUCAUCCUCAGGGCCUUGGGUUGUACUCGGCGUUGUAUUUCAAUGUCCUUCAGGAAGAGCUGCAGGUUGGCUCCCGCAACACAUACACCGCCAGCAUCGUGGAGCGGCGGAGUUGGAUUCUUACAACAAGUCUGCUGCGUCUUGUACACAAGCUGCGAUCCGUGGCUCCGUUGAAAAGAAAGAGGCAGCAUGUUCUUUUCAGCAACGCGAUAUAG